UUAGAACAUUUGAGAAAUGCAACAAAUGACCAACUAUGAUAUCGAACAAGAACGUGAACUACUAACACGUAUGCUGGAAGCUGGCAAGAAUAUCAUAAUUGAGACGGAUCAGGCAGCUGUGCUGCGCAAUGUAAAAUGGCCCAAGGCGGAGUUUCAUUAUAUUGUUAUGCCCAAGGCGCCUAUUGCAAGAGUAACAGCACUUAAGCCACAGCAUUUGCCUUUACUGGAUCACAUGAUGGAGCUGGCAAACCAAAUUAUUGAGAAGACGCCACUGCCGCCCAAUGAAUUUCGCAUUGGCUUUGAAAUUGAUUCAUUCAUGAAUCGUCUGAAUAUGCAUGUUAUAUCAAAUGAUUUUCAUGCAUUCCACAUGCAACGCAUAGAGCAUUGGAACAUCUUCAAUACAGAAUUAUUCAUUGAUUUUCAAGCUGUGUGUGCUUUGUUGCUAGCUCAAGGCUCGGUUGAACCGAUGUCUGCGGCAAAAGUGAAGGAGUUGCUGCUGCGCUCUGAAUUGCAUUGCAAUCGAUGUGAGUUUGUUGACAAGAACUUUUCUAAAUUGAAGGCACAUCUGUAUCAGCACUGGACAAAGCGAAGAGCCAUGAUGGAUAUGACAAAAAGUAUUGCCAACACGCAUUUAGAUUUGCUGCACAACCAUACAUUUAAUGCCCGGCUAGGUGCUGUUGGUGUACCACCUCGAAUUCUAGUUCCAGUUAGACCCUUAGCAGCGUACAAUCCUAUUAGGAUACAAUUUCAGCCGAAUCCUUGCAGGGCACAACUUCAGCCCAUCGUCCCUAUUAUCAAGCCAGCAAAUUUAAGUUGGCAAGCAAAUGCUCAAAGCAAUCCAACAGCUAAGCAAGCUUAUAAAAAGCAAAAUAAAACAGCCAAUAAUGCAUAUAAUACUAAAUAAUACAAAUCU